AUGGUAAAUGAAAAUUUAAUACCUGAAACUGUUUACGAACUAAAAGAAGAAUACAAAAUUCCUAGUUUUGAGGAAUUUAUGCAGGAUUAUGAAUAUGAUGAUAAUCUUAGUUAUGAUGAUCUAACUAUUGGAAAUAGAACGACUGGAACCCUUGGAACUGUUGCUAGUAUUGGUGCAGGGACUGGUUUCUAUUUUGGUGCUUUGGCGUUGUCUCCGUUUACAGGUGGUGCAUCGUUAGUAGCGGCAGCAGCUUUAGGUAGCACUGCUUCGGUUGGUAUAGCUGCGGGUGGAACUGCUCUAGUUAUAAAUGCUUCAGCUGAAACUUUAAAUGAAAUAGAAAAUGAGUUAAGAUCAGA